AAAACAGAAUUAAGAAGCAUUAUAGAAGAUGAAAAAAGCUAAUUUCUAAGUAAUAAUUAUAAUUACUAAUUUUAUGUAGACAGAUUAAAAGAAACAAAAUAAAAAUAUAUAGAUUAAUUACCAAAGAAUAUACAUUAAUAUAAUUAUGGUUCCUACAAUUACUUACCAGAUUAAAAUACAGCAAAGUUAAAAUAAGUUUAUAAAUAUAUGUAUAUUUUUUAAAAAGUCCAUAAAAUUAUCUUGAUUAAGUAAAUAUUUCAUAACUAGAAUACAAUACAUUUAUUCCAGAUGUAAUGUGUCCGAUUCCCUAGGAAGAAGAAUUACAAAGUUUCGAACCUGAAUGGUUAAAUCCAGGUAUGAUUCCUGAAUAACUUUGGGAUUAUAAAAUAUGCUCUACAAAUGACAAGAAUACAUUAUUGUAAGAAUUAUUAAUAAAAGCAUAUGAUAAAGCUUUAACA